GACGGACCACUGUGCUGCGCUGCGCUGCGCGCCACCUCCAUAAAAUCCACCGCGAGCCGGCCGAAACAGAAACCCCACCCGCGAAUCCAACACAAGAACCCAUCACCACCCUCGCAUCACAUGCCCGCAUAGUCCCCCGGCCGCAAGGUCGCAAUCACCACCAUGCCGCCUCCGCUGUUCGUCUGCGUCCUCAUCUUGCUCGUCGCCGUGCCGAGGCCGUGGUCCGUCGCCGGCGAGCCGCCGAGGCCGGCCGCCAAGCCUCGUGCGUUCCCGCUGCGCGCGCGGCAGGUGCCGGCGGGAGCGCUGCCGCGGCCGCCGAGCAAGCUGCGGUUCCACCACAACGUCAGCCUCACCGUCUCGCUCGCCGUCGGCACGCCGCCGCAGAACGUCACCAUGGUGCUCGACACCGGCAGCGAGCUCUCCUGGCUGCUCUGUGCGACGGGGCGCCAGGGGAGCGCCGCGGCCGGCGCUGCCGCCGCCAUGGGGGAGUCGUUCCGCCCGAGGGCCUCGGCCACGUUCGCUGCCGUGCCCUGCGGCUCCACGCAGUGCAGCUCCCGGGACCUGCCUGCGCCGCCGUCCUGCGACGGGGCCUCGCGCCAGUGCCACGUGUCGCUGUCCUACGCCGACGGGUCCGCCUCCGAUGGAGCGCUCGCCACCGACGUUUUCGCCGUCGGCGAGGCGCCGCCGCUGCGGUCCGCGUUCGGCUGCAUGUCCACCGCGUAUGACUCCUCCCCCGACGGCGUCGCGACGGCCGGUCUGCUGGGCAUGAACAGGGGCACGCUCUCCUUCGUGACGCAGGCCAGCACGCGCCGCUUCUCGUACUGCAUCUCCGACCGGGACGACGCCGGCGUGCUGCUCCUCGGCCACAGCGACCUCCCCUUUCUGCCGCUCAACUACACGCCACUGUAUCAGCCCACCCUGCCGCUCCCCUACUUCGACCGCGUGGCCUACUCCGUCCAGCUCCUCGGCAUCCGCGUCGGCGGCAAGGCACUGCCAAUCCCGGCGUCGGUGCUCGCGCCGGACCAUACCGGCGCAGGGCAGACGAUGGUGGACUCCGGCACGCAGUUCACCUUCCUCCUCGGGGACGCAUACUCCGCCCUCAAAGCCGAGUUCUUGAAACAAACCAAGCCCCUCCUCCGCGCGCUCGACGACCCCAGCUUCGCAUUCCAAGAAGCGCUCGACACCUGCUUCCGCGUGCCCGCGGGGCGCCCGCCGCCGUCGGCAAGGCUCCCGCCCGUGACUCUGCUGUUCAAUGGCGCGGAGAUGUCGGUGGCCGGGGACAGGCUGCUGUACAAGGUCCCCGGCGAGCACCGGGGAGCCGACGGCGUGUGGUGCCUCACGUUCGGGAACGCGGACAUGGUGCCCCUGACGGCGUACGUGAUCGGGCACCACCACCAGAUGAACCUGUGGGUCGAGUACGACCUGGAGCGCGGCCGCGUCGGUCUCGCGCCUGUCAAGUGCGACGUCGCCAGCGAGCGGCUCGGCCUGAUGCUGUGACGCGGCCUGGCGAACCGUAACCGCUCUGGCUCGGGGGUUAGUUGUUCCCUCAGUGGCCAUAACCUUAACCUGCCAAACGUUUCUAAGUUUGGAACAUGUUUAUCCUUUUUUCAUGUAAGGAAGGAAAACCUGCAUAACCUUGAUCGUGCCUGUGGCAUGUACGGUGUUUAGCGUAAACUGUAAACUUAGUGUAGUGAUGUGUUUCUUUACUUUACUGAACAAGUAGUGUUGUAUGUAAAUAUCAACUUGUAGAAGAUGUACAAGCUUCAAUGAAGUACAUUAUGUAUAAGAUGGUCAUGAUAUGUUUGAAAUGGUUCAGUUGAACUCAA